AUGCCCGCCUCCGUGGCCCCCAUCCCUAUGGCGCCCCCCCUCCCGCUCUCCCUCCCGCUCUCCCCCAGGUCGUGUCAUCCCUCUGGGCGAUGGGCGGGUCCCAGAGGCGGUUCGCAAGGGGCUGCGGGGCCAGGAACUCAUCUGCCCCGUUACACGACAAGACACCACAUGGCCACACAAGACAGCAGUGGCACGUACUACAAGAGCCCAUACGCCCUGGGCUGGAACCGCUACACGCCAAACGAGGGCACAUACGAGAGACAAUACCAGCCACGCCAGGCUGUUUUGGUUCGGCAUUUUGACCUCAAGAGCCCAGCGAUACAAACUUGUGCAGGGGGGUCAUCAUGA